AUGCCGGAUCAGUUGUUGGUGCUGAUUGGAUCUGAUGGCAAGCAAGCAACCGUAAGUCGGUCUGUGGCGACGCAGGCCUCGUUGGUGCUGCGAGACCUACUCGACGGCAGGGAACCCACACGACACGUAGAACUCACCGCCGCCGCGACAGUAGCUCUGGCGAACAAGGCGCCUUCUGUUCAAAUGGCGGCCGCAGAGAACACCACCGCCACGACUGCUUUUGCGACGUCCAGUGGCAAUACUACUAGUAGAAGUGGUGGUGGCACCAAUAUUCCGGCUGUAGAGCUGCCGUUUCCCUACUUUACAGGUGAUUUACUGCAGCGGAUUUGUGCGCACAUGACGUAUCGGUACAAUUAUCAGCCACCGAACCGAGAGAGCGACACGGCAAAAGAGGCGAGCGGUAACAGUGGCGGCGAGGCUGCUGUGGGGCUUCCGGGACGAAAUGUCAUGCGCGAGAUUCCUCGCCCGAUGGUAUUGCCACUAUCUGAAUACCUGGACCCCUACGACCGCCGCUUUAUUGAGGACUGGGAUGAGGCGACAACGGUGAUGAUGGUCAAAGCAGCAACCCUUCUCAAUUAUGAGGAGUUGCUGUGUUUGGCAUCCGCAAAACUGGCCGUGUAUUUAUCAGGGAAGUCUGUUGAGGGUAUUCGGGCCUUCCUGGGAGCAGAAGGUGACUUUACACAAGAAGCGGAGGCCGAGCUAAAGAAGGAGCUGAAGCGGGUGCUGGGUAGCCGGUAG